UGUCGUAGUAGUAAAUUUUUAAUUUGGAUUUUUAAAAUUGUAACUAACAUUAUUUUUAACCAAACGCAACAAAACCAUAGACUGUACAUAAAAACAAAACAAGGAUAUCCGGGAGAAGUGGUAUCAGCAAUAAUGUCCGCUGCUCCAUAGAAUAUCUUUAUCACAACGGAGGAUGCUGCUAACGCUUGGUGGGCAACGUUAGCAUUUAGCAUCUCUGAAUGUAAACAGUGCACUCAUGUCAACCGAAGGUUCCGGUUGACAGACGGAAACAAACAAUCCGGAGCACGAACUAAAAUAAGUGGGUUUGCUGCUACAGAUUCAUUGAGGUCCCUGUCGCCUAUGGAGUCUCUCAACACCUUUGAAUCUGAGAUGGAGGCUGAUGGACAGGGGAACUACUCUCUGUUUCCUGCUCUGGACAGCAUUGCAAGUCUGUCUGGGACCACUGAAACUCUGGAGAGCGAACCACCUAGUGAUAUUUCAGAGAAGCCAAACCUCACAUGGCUCGAUGCUGCACAGAUUGUCUUGGAAGAAGCUGGUCGCCCUAUGCACAUAAAGGAGAUUAAACAGAGAAUCAUCGACAGAGGACUUGUUCAAUCCAAUGCAAAAUCAAGCCUGGAGGCUGUCAUGUACCGUGAGACACAAAAAGGCAGCAGGAGAUUCAAGAGGAUUGAGAACAGAAAUGGAGUCUUUGCACUGCUGACUGAUGAGGAGCGGCAGCAGGCCCUGCAAGCCUUUACCGCCCAGUCUUUCCUCGGCUCUCCGCAGCAGAACACCAUCUCCAGUUCUGGCUCAGGUGCCUCUGCGCCCGCCUUCCCGUCCCCCACCAGUUCCUCAGAUCACAAGACCAAGAUGAAGAGAGGGCCGCGAAAAAACCAGAACGAAAAGUACCGACUUAAGUACCUUAGACUGCGCAAAGCUGCCCGUACCAUGAUAUUUGAGAAUGCAGCUCUCUGUGAUGAAAUUGCCCACUUAGAAGAGAAGUUUCUGAGGGCAAAGGAGGAGCGGAGGUUUUUACUGAAGUCAUUGUUGCAGUACCAGUCUUUUUCAGAGGGGGAGAUACUGCCAACACCUGGCUCAAGCUCCCAUCCACCUGUGCCGCCUGCAGCAUUAACCUCAGGUCCUGCAGGGUCUUCAGGCCUGUCUGGGGGGCAAAACCUUGUGUCAGUGGUGUCAAUAGGGGAGGACGGACCUCUUAAAAAACCUAAGAAGGAAAGGAAAGAGCGAGGCAGGGAAAAUGGAAAGGAGGAACUUCCAAAGAAGAUGACUAAGAAGAGAAAGCUGACAGACGGGUCUCGGAAGCUGGUGCAGCCCAUCCCUCUGGACUCAUCUGGUCGCCCCGUCUUUCCCAUCGUAUUGGGAGGUUUAACAGUCUACAGUCUGGGAGAGAUCAUCACAGACAGGAUGCUGUUCCAUGAUGAGUGCGCCAUCUACCCAGUGGGCUUCUGCAGCACACGAGUCUUUGCCAGCAUGAAAAACCCAGACCAGCAGUGCCUCUAUACCUGCCAAAUCAAGGAUGGGGGAACAGGCCCACAGUUUGAGAUUGUGCCUGAAGAAGAUCCUCAGAAUGCCAUUGUGGCCUCCUCUGCCCUGACCUGCCACUCCAACUUACUGAAGGCUAUCGCAGCUGUCAGGUACCAAAGUUCAGCACAAAGUUCCAAGUCUGUGGCGCCCAUUGUGCCAUCAGGAGCUGACUUCUUUGGCUUUUCACACCCCACCAUCCAGAACCUCAUCCAGAGUUGUCCUGGAGCACGCAAAUGUUGCAACUACCGAUGGAUACGUUUUGAGGUGUGUCGCCCUGGUGAUGGCCAGGUUCCUCACAGCCUAUCUGAGGACGACGCCUCAGUGAACUUUGAGGCCUACCAGAGACACAAGGGCUUUGAUGAGAACAUCAAGACGGAGCACAUAACAGGACAGGCGCCGCAGUCUCCUAGCUCCUCUCACCAGCACCACCUGACCUCGCCCACCAUGAAGCCCUCUACCUCAUAUUUCAGCUCUUGAUUCUGAAAGCGCCUGCAGGAAUCCAGCUCACACGUUAUCACACUCCUCUCAGACUUUCAUUAUUUACUGAACUUACUAUACCACCCCCCAUCUUUUGGAUCUGGCUGGCAAGUUAGCUUCGUGCUUAAUGUGCCAAUAGCAACAUAAACCCAACGCCUGUGUGUUGAGAAAUGCAUUUCUUACUGCAUGUAUAUCAACAUCUGUGCUGAAUUUUCAAAAUUGAGUCCCAGUUGACUUUGACCAGAAUAACUGAAAAAAGGGUUUUUGUUCAUUCCCAUAUACAAGUUACAAUGUACAUGGCACACUAUUGCAUUGGCAUUGAACUGAUGGUACUUUGCUUAAAGUUGCAGUUAUAACUCAUUAUAGGUAACAUUUUUUUUUCCAGUUGAAGCAACAGUUGGUCAUGUUUCUGAGUAAUAUUCAUUGUAUUUCCAUUUUACUUUUAAGUAAAAGUAUUGGCUUUGAAUGUAACACACCCACAUAUACUUAGUUGUUGAUUUGUCAUUUAUUUGUGCAAAUUAAGUUGAGUCAUAAAGGCUCAUUUGGGUUGUAAAUUUUUUGUUUAAAAUUAAACACGUCAUUCUACA